AUGAAAGAAUUGAUAUUUUUGCAUAUUGGUAAUUGCGGAACUCAGAUCGGCACUGAUCUCUGGCAAUUAUUUGCCGAUGAACACGGAUUACAAUCCAACAACAACAACACUAAUUCACUUUUAGAAAAUAGCAAUAUCCACAAUGAUCCACAAAUUAAUAAUCUAUCAUGUUUAUAUGAUGAAUCCAUUAGAGUGGAGAAUGUCUAUCAUCCUCGAUGUUUAUUCUUUGAUUCCGAUCCCCAACAACUACAAAGUUCAUUGCAUAAUGAUCAUCAAUUGCAUGUUCAAUUUAAGGAGGAAAAUAUAAUAUGUGGUAAUGAAGAUGCUGCCUCAAACUUUGGUAAAGGCUAUUUUUCAAUGUCAUCUUGUGAAAUUAAUUAUAUUGAGGAGAGAGUUAGGAAAAUGCUGGAACGAUGUGAUUCAGUGGAGAGUAUAUUGAUUACUCAAGCACUUGGUGGAGGAACUGGAUCUGGAUCAACCUCUCGUAUUGUCUGGGGUUUGGCAAAUGAAUUUAAAUUACCAAUGGUAGGUGCAACUUAUUCUACUUCAAUGUUGGAUACUUACAAUUCAGUUAUUGGCUUGAAUUAUAUUUAUGAUAGAAUGAAAUGUAUAUUUGCAUUUGAUAAUUGUUCACUAUUGGAUGCUUGUGUGGAGUGUGGAAUUGAGAAUCCUAAUUUCAAGGACAUGAAUCAUUUAAUUUCACAAAGUAUUUCAACAUUAACAUCUCAGAUUAGAUUCUCAAAUGAAGGAAGUUUAAAUAAUGUCAUUGAUUAUUUGGGUGUAACAGCCGAAACUAAUAUAAUAUCUAAUAGUUUUGUAAACUUGCAAGAUACAUCCAGUACUGAAUUCAAUAUUAAGGAUCUCUUUUCAAAAAAAUCCUCUUUGAAUAGUGUUAAUAAGGCUGAUGGAGUUUCCAUAGCAAUGAACACAUCAAUGAGAGGAGAUUUUUCACAUCAUCAUACUGAUUCUCUUUCGAAAGUACUCAAAACUUACAACAAUGAACAAGCUCAAUAUCAAAUAUCAAGAAAGGCACCUGUAAAUAUUCAUCCAACCUCUUUCCAUUUUAAAAAUGUAAUGCACAUUGCCAACAAUACCAGUUCAAUAACAAGUUAUCUUAAUAACCUUGCUCUACAAUUUGAUAAGAUGUAUAGCAAGAGAGCUUAUGUUCACUGGAUUGUAGGGGAAGGCUUUGAAGAAAGAGGAUUUAGUGAGGCUAUAGAUCAACUAUAUUACACGACCGAGUGUUACUCUUCUAUAAAAAACAAUUAG